UCGGUGCUUGGUCGUGAGUUGGAAUCGCUCGACUCGACUCACGAGAUUUGUAGUUGGAGUUGCUGUUCUGCUCAUAAAUCAGUCUCACUAGCUACAACAGUGCUCAAUAGGCCUACUUGCCGCGAGACUCUACACCAGCUGAGUAUCUGCGACUAGCAGCCGUAGCUAGAAGGUCUACGAGUUUCUUGCUGAGACUUGCAGCACUGACGAUCGCGCGAGUCGUCCGUUGAAGUCGAGCGCUGUGUGUUUUCUUUUGACUCUUGUGCGACAAGAUAGGUUUUCGCAAUGUCGGAACUGGGUGCUGAGAACGCGUCUGGCCUGCAGCUGAAGGAGGACGUGGACCGGGCUGUGGAGCUGCUGAAAAAACUCCAGUCCAAGGGCAACAUUCCACGGGAGAAGCUCCAGAAGCUUCAAGCUGUGCUGGAGAGUGAGUUUUUCGGCACGGUACGCCACGUGUAUGAGAACGUCUAUCAGACGGUCGACGCACAUGGUCCUCCCGAGGCUGUGGCGGGCGCGACGGCCAAAGCGACAGUAGCUGCGUUCGCUGCGAGCGAGGGCUACGCGCACCCACGAAUUGUGGAGUUGCCGAAGACCGAUAGCGGGUUGGGGUUCAAUAUCAUGGGCGGCAACGACCCGGAGACGCCGAUAUACGUGUCUCGUAUCAUUGCGGAUGGUGUGGCGGAUCGCAACGGAGGUCUCCGACGCGGCGACGAGCUACUCGCCGUCAAUGGCGUAUCGGUCGAAAAGAUGAAGCACGAAGAGGUCGUGGGCCAGCUGAAGCAGUCCGAAAACUCUGUAAAGAUGAUCGUCAAAUACAACCCGCAGGUCCUGGAGGAAAUGGAGAGUCAGUUUGAUCAACAUCGUCAGAACUCGCAGCGCCGAUCAAAGAAGUCACAGGGAAGCUCCAGUAAAUAGUCUGUCCGCAGUAUCUGCAUGUGGCCAUGGCCUUUGGAAAGCGGACAAUCUCGGGUCAUGCUGUUAUCAAUUCUCCUUAGCGAUCCUGUUCCCAUUAGCUAGGCUGUGAGUUCUCCCGGCUAGAUUUUAGACAGAUAGAGACAAGCAGCAGAUAGGCGAGCUAAAUUAUCAAAUUAACACUGUGCACUCCAUAUAUAAUCCUGUAGCAAUGCCCACACGGUACCGAAUUAUAGCGAAAUGUCCCCCUCUCGCACACAAACAAACAGACCGCUUUAUCUUCUCUUCAACAGCACUAAAAGCAUGCACUAUUGUCGGUGCUCUGCGCCGUGGCAUACUGCUACAUGCUGCCGGCCAGCACUCACCGUCGCGUGUACAAAAUCAAAUUACACGCCUGCUGCACGAUGUGUGGUUACUUUUAGAUAAUCUUUGCUAGCCCCAUGGUUGCCAUGGAUUUUUAGACUGUCCUAAGUACGAGAUGAACAAUGAGGUUCUAUAGAGGCACUUGCGGUUUGCCUGGGAGAUAUUCGCUCGGGCUAGCUAGGAUUCUAGCUUUUGAUCAUGCUUUCUUGUAAACAACUUGCCACAGAUGGUCAAGCCUGUUGUUGUGUGCAUUGGCGUCAACGUUUGCACUAUUUUUUUCUACAUGGGAUUUGACGUACCAAAUGGUGUAGUACGACGAUGGCAACUUGUUUGUUUUACCUGCCGAAA